AUGGGACAACAUGGAUUAAAAAUGAAUCCAUUAAAAUGUGCUUUUUAUGUGCAGGCUGGAGAUUUCCUUGGCUUUGUAGUGCAUAAAAAAGGUAUAGAGGUCAACCAAAGCAAGACCAAAGCCGUUAUGGAUAUUAAACCUCCAUCGACAAAGAAGGAACUUCAAUCUUUAUUGGGAAAGAUAAAUUUCUUAAGGAGGUUUAUAUCUAACUUAAGUGGAAAGACGAAGGCGUUCUCACCACUACUUCGAUUGAAGAACGAAGACUUCAUCUGGCAAAGUCAGCAUCAAGAGGAUUUCGACAAGAUCAAAGAAUAUCUGACGAAACCUCUAGUAUUAGCACCACAUGUCAGAAGCAGACCCAUGAGGCUGUACAUUGCAGCCUCGGAAUCAACUAUAGGAAGUAUGUUAGUUCAAGAAAAUGAUAACGGUGUCGAAAGACCGGUGUAUUACCUUAGUCGAAUGUUAAAUGAUCCCGAAACUAGGUAUAGUGAUAUAGAAAAACUAUGCCUGUGUCUGUAUUUCUCUUGUAUGAAGUUGAAGCAAUAUAUAAAACCAGUUGAUGUGUAUGUUUCUUCGCAUUCUGAUAUUAUUAAGGACAUGUUGCCUAAACCAAUUUUGCAUAGUCGAAUUGGUAAAUGGGCAUUAGCAUUAACGGAAUAUUCCCUAACAUAUGCUCCUCUGAAAGUAGUGAAAGGUCACAAAAAUGGAACGGGUAUUGGAGGAAUCAUAGUUUCUCCAGAUGGAAUUCCAGCAGAGUUCAAGUACUCAAUAGCUGGUAUGUGUACCAACAAUGAGGCUGAAUAUGAAGCCUUAAUAACUGGACUUGAACUACUGCUAAAAUUGGGGGCAAGGAAUGUCGAAAUUAUGGUAGAUUUUGAGUUGGUAGUAAAGCAAGUCUCCAAGGAGUACAAAUGCGUUAAAGAAAAUCUAAUUAUGUACUUCGUGGUUGCAAACAGAUUUCUUAGAAGAUUCAAUUCAGCGAAUAUUCAACAUAUACCCAGGCAAGAAAAUCAAGAAGUCAAUGAUCUAGCGCAAGAGGCGUCAGGAUAUAAGAGAGGCGGCGAUGAAGAGCCUGUUCAGGUGAGAGAAAAAAUUCAAGCAACUGUGCUAUCCCCCUCAGACUUGUCUGUAAUAAAAAUAUGGGCAAUCGACGCCAAAUAUUUCGAGAUUUUUACAGUCGAUAACGGACAGGAAGAUGACUGGCGUAAACCAUUGGUGGAAUAUUUGCAAAACCCUACAGGUUCGACAGAUCGGAAAAUAAAGUACAAGGCUCUUAGUUUCGUUUUGUUGGAAAACGAACUAUUUAAGAAGACAUCUGAAGGAGUGUUGCUCAAGUGUCUGGGAGAUAGCGAAGCUUAUCUGGCCGUGUCGAAUGUACACAGCGGGGCCUGUGGAGCGCAUCAAGUUGGCCAUAAGAUGAAGUGGACUCUAAUGCGUUCAGGGGUUUAUUGGCCCUCAAUGUUAAAAGAAUGCAUAGAAUUCGCAAAAGGAUGUCAAGAGUGUCAGAUGCACGGGGGCAUCCAGCACGUCCCUGCAAGUGAAUUGCAUGCUAUUGUGAAGCCUUGGCCAUUCAAAGGGUGGGAUUUAGACGUAAUUGGGGAAAUAAAACCAGCUUCGUCGAAACAGCAGAGGUAUAUUUUGGUCGGUAUCGAUUACUUUACAAAGUGGGUCAAAGCUAUAGCUUUGAGAAACGUUGACCAAGAAGCUGUGAUAGAUUUCAUACAAGAUCACAUCAUAUGUCAAUUUGGAAUACUAGAGACUAUAGAAACCGAACAAGGAACCGUGUUCACUGGAAAGAAAAUGCAGGAGUUCGCCCAGGAGGUUGGCAUAAAGUUAUUGACGUCGACACCGUAA